AUGGCCGCCCACCGCAUCGGCGCCCGCCUCGCGGGAGCUUCGCCAGAGCAACUCCUCGCCUUCAUCGAGGAGCAGGCGCCUCUCUGGAGCGACGCCGCGCUGCGCGUGGCGGAGGAGCACGCCGCACGGCUCGUGGAGCAGCCCGAGUGGGUGCUCUCCGAGGUCCUCCUCUCGCCGGACCUCGCCCCGCACAUCCUCGCCCAGCUGCCGACCAAGGAGCACGCCGCCGGCGACGAGGUGCAGCUGACCAACCUCUCCAAGGCCCACCUCAACGGCGCACGCGGCGUCGCCGUCGGCUACGAUGCAGAGCGCGGUCGCAUCUCUGUGCGGCUCGUCGAUGGCGGGCCGCCUCUCGCGGUCCGGCCAGCCAACCUGGUCAAGGCGGCGCCGCUGGCCGCCGAGGAGGAGGGCGGAGCGACGGACGACGAAGCGGAGCACGCGGCGUGGCUCGCAGCGCUUCCGCAGAUGACGGCGACGCAGCUCGGCGCCGAGCUGCUCGAGGCCGCGCGGUACGGCGAGGAGCGCGAGGUCGGCGAGCUGCUCGCAGCAAAGGCGGACGUGAACCACCUCGACGGCAACACCGCGCUGCACCGCGCCUGCGCCAACGGGCACGUCGCCGUGGUGCAGCAACUGGCGGCGGCGGGCGCUGCGCUGCUCGCCAACGAGUCUGGCAACUCGCCGCUUCACUGGGCGGUCCAGCACGCCUCGGCGCCGCUGGUGGCGGCGGCGUUCCCUGGCGCCGACGUCCUCGCCCGCAACGCGUUUGGAAAGUCGGUCUCGACAGAGGCGUUCGCUCGCAACGUCCGGCUGCGCUGCCGCGAGCUCUCCUCCAUCGGCGGCGACGACCCGUCGGCUGUCCGCCUCGCUGCUGCUGGCUCGCUGGGUCUGCGAGCUGCGACCACGCCUGCGGGGCAGGCGAACAUCGUCCUCGGGUCAGACCUCGUCUACGCGCGGGAGGCGGUGCCGCAGCUGCUCGCGCUGCUGCCUGCGCUGCUGCCGGAGGGGGGGGGAGGCGCCUUUUACUACGUCGCGCCGGAGACGGACCGGCUGGGAGAGGUGGAGUUCCUGGACGGGCUAGUCGGCCUGGGCUGGUACCGCACGGAGGAGGCCGCGCCCCCUCGCUUCAUGGACAACGUCCUCGACGGCGUCGCCAACGAGGACUUCCGCAACCUCUUCCCCGAUGAGACGCGUGGUACCAUCCAACUCCGGUCGACGGGCUCGAAUGCGCUCAGCCUCAGGAGGGACAAAACCGCGCGAAUUCUGCACGCCUCGCUGCACCGCUGGCUUGACUGA